CGAAUAAAUAAACCACGAGAAGAAGACACUGAUGAUGAAAGUUUCGAUUAUGAAGAAAACUCGCAGAACAAUCAGCCAUCCAUCAGUAAUGAAAACAACGAAGUACCAAGAAGAUCAAGCCGAAUUCGAAGACCACCGAAUCGAUACGGACAUGAAUAUCCAUCAAAUCUAAUAAACUAA